AUGCUUCGCUAUCAGUAUGCAGCCAUGGGCAGGGGUAUUUUCAGCUCUCCAAGGUUCACAUCGCCAUUCUGUUACGUGGCAUUUGUCGCUCUUUUGAGCGCACAAAUCGUCAGUGCACUUCCUCAAUCACAAUGGAAAGCCGUUUCUGGAGACGAGAAUAGUUCUUGGUGCGCUAUUCCAGACGUUGCACUUUUGGGUGUAAACGUCACAUUUGUACAAGAUGGCAAGACUACCAUGAGUGGGGGAACCAGCGCUGCCACGCCGAUGUUUGCCGCCAUGAUCAACAGGAUCAACGAUGAGCGAAUAAAAAGCCAAUCGCUUUCUUGA